CAGCUCUUAUCAAUCCGAAAAACUUGCAUCCACAUCAUGGCUCCGACUAGAGAUCUGGGCACGGCCACCGAGUCCGACCCCACCAAAACCAAAAAGCCCGUCUCCAAAGAGGAGGAGCUUUCAGAAGAGGACCAGAGAUUGAAGGACGACUUGGAGCUCUUGGUCGAGCGCUUGAACGAGCCCAGCCAGCAGGAAUCCGUCUACCUCGAAUUGUUGGAAACGAUGAAAGACCACAUCCGCUCGUCCACAACCUCGAUGACCGCGGUGCCCAAACCGUUGAAGUUUUUGCGGCCGCACUUCCCCUUGAUGAACGAGUUGUAUGAGAAAUGGGCCCAUACCAAGGACGCCGUGUCGCAGCAACUCGUGCUCCUGCUUGCAAACGUGAUUUCUGUGUUGGCCAUGACCAACUCUGACACCGGGAAGCAGGACUCGCUCAGAUUCCGCUUGAUUGCAGGCGAGGACACCGUUGCGGACUGGGGCCACGAAUACAUGCGCCACUUGGCUCUCGAGAUUGGCGAGGCGUACCAGGAGAAGUCGGGCGUGGACGAUGAGUACGCGGCGCGCUUGGUGGAAUUGUCGUUGAAAAUCGUGCCUUUCUUCCUCAAGCACAAUGCCGAGGCGGACGCCGUCGACUUGUUGUUGGAGGUCGAGAGCAUCGAGAAAUUGCCCCAGUUCUUGGACGACUCCACCUACGCCAGGGUGUGUCUCUACAUGGUCAGCUGUGUGCCCCUUUUGGCGCCCCCGGAUGACUUGUCGUUUUUGCACACCGCCUACUCCAUCUACUUGGCCCACGGCCAGUUGACCCAGGCCUUGACCUUGGCAAUCAAAUUGGACGACGAGGACUUGAUCAAACAGGUUUUCGAGAGCACUGAUGACGCGUUGGUCCACAAGCAGUUGGGCUUUCUCUUGGCCCAGCAAUACAACCGCUUCACUUACCCGGGCGAGAACGAGGACGUGCAAGAAAUCAUCUCUAACGUCAAGUUGCCCGAGUACUUUUCCUACUUGACCAAGGAGUUGAAUUUGUUGGAGCCCAGAGUCCCUGAGGACAUCUACAAGUCUCACUUGGAGGACUCCAGAUUCUCCUAUGGCGCGGGUUCCAUCGACUCGGCCAAGCAAAACCUGGCUGCUUCUUUCGUCAAUGCCUUCACGAACAUGGGUUUUGGUAACGACAAGUUGGUUCUGCAAUCGGGCAGCGAAGAGUCCAAAUCGUGGAUCUACAAAACCAAAGGGGCUGGUAUGAUUUCCUCCUCGGCAUCCAUAGGCUCCAUCAAUCAGUGGAACAUCGAGGACGGCUUGCAGGCCUUGGACAAGUACUUCUACUCCAGCGAGGACGAGAUAAAGGCUGGUGCUAUUUUGGGUACCGGUAUCGUGUCGGCGAAUAUUCACGAUGAGGCAGAGGCGUCCCUUGCGUUGUUGCAAGAAUUUGUGACCGACUCGAAGAAAAUAUUGCAGUCCUCGGCCAUUCAGGGUCUCGGAAUUGCUUUUGCAGGCUCGGCAAAUGAAGAAGUCUUGAAUUUAUUGUUGCCCUUGGUUUCUGACACUGAAGUUCCCUUGGAAAACUCGUGUUUGGCGGCAUUGGCCCUCGGGCAUGUAUUCGUGGGGACCUGCCAUGGGGACAUCUCAACCACAAUCUUACAAACCAUAAUGGAAAGAGAGGCCCCGCAAUUGGAGUCUAAAUUUAUGAGAUUCAUGGCUUUAGGGCUCGGCUUGUUGUACAUGGGAAAGACGGAAUUGAUAGAUGACGCAGUGGACAUCAUCGAUGCCAUUCUGCACCCGAUUAACAAAACCUUGAAGGUGCUUAUCAACAUAUGCGCUUAUGCCGGUACUGGUAAUGUCUUACAAAUUCAAUCUUUGUUGCAGAUGUGCUCCGCAAAGCCAAAGGAAGAGACAGUCAAGUUGGAUGAAGACGACGAAGAAUCGCAAGAAUAUGCUUUAGAUGAGCUUGACAUGAAGAUCGAUGAAGAUGUUGACAUGGAUGUUCAAGACGACCUGACCGAGGAAAAGAAGGGAGAAACUCAAAAAUCAGAUUCACCCCAUGAAGAUGAAGAAGGAACUGACGAUGAAAUUGAGGACACCGAUGAAGAUAAUGAAUUGUAUCAAGGCUUUGCUGUAUUGGGUCUUGCGUGUAUUGCAAUGGGUGAGAACAUUGGGCAAGAUAUGGUCUUGCGUCAUUUUUCCCACUUGAUGCACUACGGCUCGCCUCUCAUCAGAAGAGCAGUUCCUUUGGCCAUGGGCCUUGUGUCAGCAUCAUACCCCCAGAUGAAAGUUUUCGACACACUUUCUCGCUACUCGCAUGAUCCUGAUUUGGAAGUUUCACAGAAUGCCAUAUAUGCAAUGGGUCUUGUUGGUGCAGGUACUAACAACGCUAGAUUGGCACAAUUGUUGAGACAGUUGGCACAGUAUUACUCCAAGUCCCCAGACUGCUUGUUCAUGGUGAGAAUUGCUCAAGGAAUUUUAUACUUGGGUAAAGGUACUCUCACAUUGACGCCAUUCAAUGUCGAAAGAAGCAUUCUCAACAAGGUGUCUUUGGCCUCACUUUUGACCGUGUCCGUCUCCUUACUAGAUCCCAAGGAAUUUAUUCUCAGUGAUAGUGCAAACGAGACAACCCAUCAAUUUUUGUACUGUCUCACACCCGCUGUGAAACCAAAGAUGUUGAUAACCGUUGAUGAAGAUUUGAACCCUAUCAAGGUGAACGUUAGGGUUGGACAAGCAGUCGACGUGGUGGGGCAAGCUGGUAAGCCAAAAACGAUCACGGGUUGGGUCACGCAAGCAACACCAGUUAUGCUCAACUACGGGGAGAGAGCAGAGUUGGAAAACAACGACGAAUGGGUGAGCUUAUCUCACACUUUGGAGGGUAUCGUCAUUUUGAAGAAAUCACCCGAUUUCAUGGAUGUCGAUAACUAGCCUUAAGGGUAGUAUAGAGAUUGUUAAUCAAGAAAUAUUCAAAAAAUCUAGUAGGUUUAUUCGGCGGUUGACUUAUUGACUUUGAGGUUUGGGUUCGUAGUUGUAGAAAUAAAGAAAUUGUAUAUAUCACGCUUCAACACGACGGGCAGCAUGGGGAUAGCGGAUCUUGAAAGAAGGUGAUCUAUUUGAAUUCAGGGGCCUUGCCAGCCAUCAUCAAUCCCACAAUAAGACCAAAAAGACCCAAGACAGAGCCGAAAAUCUCAAUGACCAAAAUCUUGACGAAUAAGGAAGAGUCCGCGGCAUCACUGAUAGCAGCAGUAGAUCCCGUAAUACCCACAGCUAUACCACAUAAUAAAUUGGAUACGCCGACAGUGAUUCCAGCCCAGAAUAAGGCGUAUCCCGUAUACAAGUUUUCCUUGGUGUAUAAAG